AUGAUCAAAUUCCCUGGCACAGUUCCGACUGUGCAAGUCAUGCUUCAGCGAUGGACGACCCUCAUGACGAUUUUUCCUGCUCAAGUGGAACAGUUGCAGGACACCCUGAAAGCCUUGAAGGAGUCAGCUUUGGAGCAGGAGCAUCUCCCUUUUGACCCCUCAGGCACUGCCAACAGCGCCGAUGAAGGGACUGGGGCCGGCUCGUUGCCCGGUCUAACGGACACCACAACUUUACUCUCCCUGGAAGAUCCGACCGAUGAAGGUGGCAGAGCCACAAAGCCUGAAGCGGGUUCAAAACCCCACCUCGCAUACACAAUUGCUGCCGACGGGUCUCGAUCUCUGUCUGGGGCAACCCAGCAAGACAAGGUUGAGUAUUUGCACGACCUGUUCCCCACAAUCACGCCGUUGACCAUUCAGCAAACACUGCAAAAAUGUGCGGGUGAUAUUGAUAAGUCCAUGGAUGUGCUUCUGAAUCUCGCGUUUUUUGACGAGAGCCAAAUUGACGAGGACGGGACCAAGAUCUCACUUCCCAAGGGCAUUGAUGGCUUCAUGCAAGAAGAUAUUGUUGGGUCCAGUCGCAAGAAGGGCCGCAAGAAGCGCCAGACCAAGAACCAUGGCAAUUCUGGGUUUGAAUCGUCAAUGGAGUCGUUGGAGGUCGAGCCGCUGAAUAAAUGGCAGUCGGGGCAGAGAGACAUUGAGUUCAUCUGGACCCGAACGUCAGCUGUGUUGACAAAGCAAUAUGUUACUUCCACGUAUCAUGCAAAUGCAAUGUCGUUACCUGCCACCAUUCGGGCUAUUGCUAUUGCAAACUCUCCAGAGAAACACUCGGAUAAUCAAAAAGACCUCGUAACGGACGUUCAGGUCGCAGAACUUUCCCACGACUUCCCUUCCAUUCCCCCCUCCACCCUUGCUGGGCUUUGCGCCGUGACACAGAACAUAAUGUCGGCAACCAGUGAGUUGGCAGUCAAAAUGACCAGUCAACCUCCUCCUCCGAUACUCUCCGACCUCAUCAAAUUCACUGCGCCGCCCAUCGAUACCACCUCCGACCAUGACCAGCCAAAACGACGCCCGAACACCCCGCAACACCUCGUCAGUUACGACGAGGCCCACGCCUCCGCCACCACCCAAUUUGCGGCCGGCUCACAGGCCUACUCCCAAGCCUCCCAGGCCUAUCGGCGGGGUGGUUCCACCCCCUUGCUGCGUGGUGCCGCGGCCUACUAUUCAGAGGUCGGCCGGGACCAGUUCAGCAAAGCCAAAGCCAACAUCGCCGCUGCUGCUGAUGCCCUGGUUGCGGAGCAGUCUUCCGCUUCCUGUAUUGACCUUCACGGCGUCCCUGUCCAGGACGCCGUCCGUAUCACUCGUGAUCGGGUGGCAGCCUGGUGGGGGUCUCUGGGCGACGCCAAGUACCAGCGCGGAGAGGCCCUCGGCGCUCGUGGUGGAUUUCGCAUCAUCACUGGCGUUGGGCGUCAUAGCCGGGAUGGCACCUCGCGCCUGGGGCCCGCCGUGAGCAAGAUGCUGGUGCGAGAGGGGUGGCGCGUGGAGAUUGGGGAGGGCGAGCUGACGGUACUUGGGGUUGCCCGUCGCUGA